CUGUGUACCAAAGAAAUGGUGAUGGAGAAGCCAAGUCCCCUGCUCGUAGGGCGGGAGUUCGUGAGACAGUACUACACUCUGCUAAAUAAAGCUCCUGACUUCUUGCACAGGUUUUAUGGCAGGAAUUCUUCUUACGUCCAUGGAGGACUGGAUGCCAGUGGGAAACCGCAAGAAGCAGUGUACGGUCAAGCUGAGAUACACAAGAAAGUGAUGUCAUUACAGUUCAGCGAAUGCCACACCAAGAUUCGUCACGUGGAUGCUCACGCUACUCUGAGUGAUGGGGUGGUUGUGCAAGUAAUGGGAGAGCUGUCGAACAACGGGCAGCCGAUGAGGAAGUUCAUGCAGACUUUUGUGCUUGCUCCAGAAGGUUCUGUUCCAAACAAGUUCUAUGUCCAUAACGAUAUCUUCAGAUAUGAAGAUGAAGUAUUUGGGGAUUCAGAAGGAGAACUCGAUGAAGAGUCUGAGGAAGAGGUGGAAGAGGAGCAGGAGGAAAGACAACCAUCACCUGAACCUGUGCAAGAGAACGCAAGCAGUACUUACUACGAAAGCCAUCCUGUAACCAAUGGGAUAGAGGAGGCGCUAGAAGAAUCGUCUCAUGAACCUGAGCCGGAACUGGAAUCUGAAACGAAAGCCGAGGAGCUGAAAGCUGAAGUAGAAGAAAAGACUCUUGAGGAGCUAGAAGAGAAGUCUCCAUCUCCGCCUCCUGUAGAACCUGUCUCACUACCACAAGAACCACCAAAGGCUUUCUCUUGGGCUUCAGUGACCAGUAAAAACCUGCCUCCUAGUGGUACUGUUUCUUCCUCUGGAAUUCCACCCCAUGUUAAAGCACCAGUCUCACAGCCGAGAGUUGAAACUAAACCCGAAGCUCAGUCUCAGCCUCCUCGUGUACGUGAACAGCGUCCCAGGGAAAGACCGGGUUUCCCACCCCGAGGACCUCGACCAGGGAGAGGAGACAUGGAACAGAACGAGUCGGAUAACCGUCGAAUAAUUCGCUAUCCGGACAGCCACCAGCUCUUUGUUGGGAACUUGCCGCAUGAUAUCGAUGAGAGCGAACUGAAAGAGUUCUUCAUGAGCUUUGGAAACGUGGUAGAACUUCGCAUAAAUACUAAAGGAGUGGGAGGAAAACUGCCUAAUUUUGGUUUCGUGGUAUUUGACGAUUCUGAGCCGGUCCAGCGAAUUUUGGUUGCAAAACCUAUUAUGUUCCGGGGUGAGGUGCGCUUGAACGUAGAAGAGAAAAAAACAAGAGCCGCUCGUGAAAGAGAGACCCGAGGCGGAGGAGAUGAUCGUAGGGAUAUUCGUCGCAAUGAUAGAGGCCCUGGGGGUCCCCGUGGAAUAGUGGGUAGUGGCAUGAUGCGAGACCGUGACGGAAGAGGACCCCCUCCGAGAGGCGGCUUGGCACAAAAACUGGGCUCUGGACGAGGAACCGGGCAAAUGGAAGGCCGUUUCACUGGACAGCGUCGCUGAAAUCUCCACUGUGGGCAGACAGUCUUGGCAGUGGUACAUUAUCCAUCGUGUUUGCAUUCUUGUUAAUUUUUUUUGGCUUUGGAAUGUGACACAGCCCUUCUGAUCAUUUCUUUGAUGUGAAAGCAUCCUUUGGUUUCCAGUUUAAAUUGAGGUGGACGUUCUUUCCCCAGUUUCACAACAGGAGUCACACUGUUAAUUUAUAAAUGUAGACUUGGAGAAUUGAGGACUGAAAAAAAAAAAAAAAAAAAAAAAAAAGAAAAAAAAGACCGGUUAACUAUCUGCAACACAAGUGAACUAAAGGACAUGCCCAAUAGAAUUCAGGUCCUUGCAGUCAAAAACCCUCUGCUGCACAUUUUGUGUACGUGUUACUGUUUCUGCCUAUUACUGUUGAAAACACAAAUAGUGCAAUUUGUGCAAUUGGAGAAGCUUGCCUUUUUUUUUUUUUCCUUCUUAGAACACUCGGCUCCAAACAAACUCGUGUUUACGCGCUCAUCAAAAUGCACUAAUGGGUACUCUGAACUCAUUUAUAUUGACAUCUGCAGGAGGCAUCGGAGGGAAAAAAAAAACCUUCAUCCUCUUACUCAGACAGAAUAGCUUGUGAAACGAUGCGGGCAUCUGAUCUGCUUGCUGUGACCAACAUAUGUACACACACAACCCUUAAUAAGACUGCGAGGUUAUUCCAGAAGGAAUCCAUUUAGCUGUAAAGUAAACAGAACCCAGAGUUUCAAAGUCGUAGCCCUGAGUACGCGACAAGUUUGAUAGCUCACGUCAGAUUUUUCUAUCUGCCCCUCUUCAGUACAGGGAUGGCUGCUCAACACACUCCUCCUUCCCCUUUCCCCUUCGAUAAGCAUUGUACAGUGGAAUUUGUCUUGACUGUAUUUGAGUUCUCUGGUAAUGUAAUAAGCAUGAUGGUGCCUUCUAUGAAUACAUCAUUCCAGUCUCGCUGGUGAUUUUGUACAGUAUCGUGUAUGAAUUACUGUGCUGCAAAGCCAAUCGGCUGCAAAGCAUUUAAAGGAAAUCAUUGAAAAAUUGUAUUAAAAAAAAUUGCAGUAUCUUUCAAUCAGUAAACGUUGCUAAAAUUAUCAUCCACCUUGCUCUUGAAUUAUCAAGUUCGCCUGU